CAACAUUGCACUAGAUUUUCGCUGGUAGCUUUACUUUGUAAUUCGUGUAUUCGCAGUGCGGGUCUCAUAGGGAACAUAUGGCGUAUUUGCAAGUAGUUGCGGUUGCUGUUGUUGCAGUAAUUGCAUACAUGUUUAUGACUUCAUCACAAGUAAAGGAACGGAAAAAUGUGAUUGACGGAAAUCCGGAUAGUGAAUAUGACUAUAUCGUGAUUGGCGCUGGAUCAGCGGGGUCGGUUGUUUCUUCCAGGCUUGCAGAAGAUUCAGGAAAUAAAGUUCUACUCUUGGAAGCCGGUGGGCAUUUCGACGAAAGUGAGGAGUUUCAAAUACCUCUGAAAUGGCCAAAAGCGAUGCGAACGAAGCACGAUUGGGCAUACUUCACCGAGCCGCAAAAAUCGUCAAGUCUGGGAUUAAAUGGAACAAGAGGCUAUUGGCCAAGAGGCAAGGUGUUAGGUGGUUCAAGCAUCAUGAAUUGCAUGCAGUAUACCCGUGGUAGUCCAUUUGAUUAUGACGAGUGGGCAGCGGCCGGUUGCACGGGAUGGGGCUACAAAGACGUACUUCCAUACUUUAUGAAAUCAGAGGAUUUGCAAAUUGACAGUUUGAAAAAAUCACCAUAUCAUAGUACCGGCGGUCCCAUUGGUAUUUCGCACAGCUAUGUUACAGACCUCAAUGAGAAGGUCUUGGAGGCCGGGAAAAGUCUUGGAUACGAAAUAACAGACUACAACGGCGAAGAUCAACGCGGAUUUAGUAUCAUUCAGAAGUUCAUAAGAAAUGGUGUCCGCAGUAGCACCGGAUUAGAAUACAUCGGAAAAGAAAAGAAGAAGAAUCUCCACGUUUCUCUGCACAGUUUCGUCACGAAGAUUGAUAUUCAAGGUAAAGCUGCAAAGGGUGUCUGUUUUAUUAAAAAUGGUCGUAAACUGUAUGCAAAAGCCCGAAAAGAGAUCGUUUUAUCAGCCGGAGCAGUGAGCUCCCCAAAAAUGUUGAUGUUGUCUGGUGUUGGACCAAAGGAACAAUUGAAGAGCUUUAAUAUUCCCGUUCAAGCUGAUUUACCUGUUGGCCAAAAUUUACAAGACCACCAAAUGCUUUUCCUUUUCACGAACAUAAACAAACCGCUAUCUAUAACUCAAUCUGUUGAAGACAGUACAUGGAACAAAAUCAACUAUGCGAUUCGGGGACAAGGACCCUUGGCCAUGGCUGGAUUAGACACGUCAGCAUUCUUACACGUCGACAGAUCAAUGGAAGGUCGUACAUACCCGGAUAUACAAGUAAUAUUCUGGGCAUAUCUCUUUCGCGAUAAUAUUUUCAAUUACAAUGAUAAAGUUGCCAAAGAAUUUUUGGAACAUGAUCCUAAUCAGCAUGGGUUCACCACGGAUAUUUGCACGACCCGACCAUUCAGCAAAGGACAAAUUAAACUCAAAAGCUCCGAUCCAUUUGACGACCCCGUCAUAGAUUCACAGUACUACACCGAUAAACGGGAUAUAGACGUGAUGAUAGGAGGAAUAAGGGUUUGGGAAAAGCUCAUGGAAACGCCGGUGAUGGCGCAAUUAGGGGCGAGUGUAAAUCGGAUGAAAUUGUCCAUGUGCUCACAUUUAGAGUUUCGAUCUGAUGCUUACUGGGAAUGCAUUAUUCGCCAUUUGUCGGUCACGGAAUAUCACCACAGCGGAACGUGCAAGAUGGGGCCAGCUGAUGAUCCACGUUCAGUCGUUGAUCCACAGUUAAGGGUUAUCGGAAUUAGGAAUCUUCGCGUUGCCGAUGCUUCAAUAUUUCCAAAUGUCACAUCUGGAAAUAUAAAUGCACCAACAAUUAUGAUAGGAGAGAAGGCUGCUGAUUUAAUUAGAGGAAAGGACACUGUUUCACAUUUAAGAAGAAAAUAAUGAUCAUGUUGGUCAAUGCUUGGACUUUUAGUAUGUAUGAAUCAUACAAUGUUUUUUAACUUUAAUAUUUGUUAUUACAUGAAAGUUAUGGCUUAAAAAUAAACGCGAGUGUUCUACUGAUGCAAACGAUUGCCAAUGUAUGCGUUUGGUUCACACACAAAGAAAAAGUGUGUGCAUGUGUACUAGUUCUUGCUGUAAAAUAUGUUUUGCAAAGUACUUGCGGCUAUGACGCUUUUGUUGUGUCUGCAUAGAAUGUUGAGCUGGCUGAAAAUGCCGCAUUACUCAUCUCGGCUCGAGGCCAAGUAGUUCUCAAGGCCGACGAAGGUUGUGUUCAUAAAUUAUGAUUGAUUAAAUCUUCAACGCCAGUCCUUGCUGAAUAAAUGCUAAAUGUUCUCCAUUCUUUUUUAACUUCAAUGUUCUAGCUAUGCACAAAUUAAAAUGAAGAUAUCA